AUGUCAACAUCAAAUGCGGCAUCGCAAAUUUCUUUGAAUUCUGUGAACUUUUUAGGGCCCGUAACGAGCUUGACUCUGUUUAACGAUGACAAGUAUCUCUGUGCUGCUCAAGGAUCGUUUUUACGAAUCUACUGUUUAGAAUCAGCGAAUGCGGAUAUUUGCUGGAAAACGCUGAGAUUGCCUUUUCGAAAUCGGAUUCAUGGCAUGCUGGCAUGUCAAAAUGGUUUGCUUAUUUGGGGAGGUUACAAUAUAGGUAUGGUCGACUGGAAUACAUGGGAGAUUUUUUGGACACGCACGACGGAUUGGAUUUUUAACGUGGUUGAGUUAAACACCAAACAUGAAUACGCUGCUGUAACAUCCAAAAAUGAAGUGUUGAUUUAUUCAUAUUUAAAAAAUAAAUGGAAUUUUUCUUCAACAAUUUCAUGUGAAGACAGUCCUCUUUUAUUUUUCGCUGCUCUGCAAUUGACAGACGACUGCAUUACCGUUGCUUCUGCAUCAGCCUUUGGUGAAAUUUACUUGUGGUCUUUUCCUACAAAUGACCCUCCUAGAGUUAUCAAUACAUACGGUUCUUUAAGAGGACACGAGGGAGCAUGCUUUGACAUACGGUUCUCUGACGAUGGUCAGUACCUUAGUACAGUUUCCGAAGAUCGAACCGUUAGAUUAUGGGAUAUAAAGAAAGAAAUCCGUUUACUUGCGACAGGAUUCGGUCACACAGCACGCGUAUGGAAAUGCCGUUUUCUAUCCAACUCUUCCUUAGUCACAAUAUCGGAGGAUUUAACUUUAAGAAAAUGGGUUUUCAACGGUACCAAACUGGAUAAUACCGAAACAUUUACGGGUCAUCGUGGUAAGCAUAUAUGGUCCAUAGCUACAUCUAUAAAACAUGAUUUACUUUUCACGGGAGGAAACGAUGGUGCUAUUCGUCAAUGGAAAAAUAAUAACGAUACCGAUACUUAUUCAUUUUACAUUUCUUCUAUUUUUAAUGGCGACGUUUCCCUUUCAUCAUUUUGUUUCCUUAGUGUCAAUAAAUUACUAUGUGUCGCAAAAAAUGGAGAAAUCAGUCUUCUGGACAACAAGAUUUGGAAAUCGUUACCUCCUUUUUCUCUGGAUUCUGAGGCGACAGCUUUAUGCUCUUGGGAAAAUAAGAACAUAGCAGCUUUGGGAACUAAAAUUGGAUCUGUCGUGAUAUUCCAUUGUGCUAACCCUUCUAAUUGCUGUUCAGUAGAGGUCCAUACCUCUAAAAUACAGCAUUUAUAUACAGCUUUUGAUAAUGGUUUCUAUUACCUUCUUUCUAAAGCUUUCGUCGGAAAGAAUGCCUACGAGGUUUACCUUCAUCAGUUUUCUAUCAAGAGUGAAAGAUUGAGUUUGGAUUUUUCAUUGAUGCUGGAUCUUCCAGCUACUUUUGAUCCAACCUGUCUCACAGUUAGCGAUAAUAUGGUUUUCAUUGGAUCCAGGAGUGGUUCCCUGUCUAUAUACAAAGUAGGUGAUUCAUCUAGUUUGUUCUGUUGGAGAAGAUUGCACGAGUUUGAUACCAUAUGUAGUAUCGUACUUGAAAGCAUUAUGGACAACACUGUGAGUUUGAAGACUAUUGGCAGGGACGGAUUUGCAAAUAUGUUUGUUUUGAAGUACAGCCCAGGUUUUCACCUCCAAAAAGUUGCUUCAGAAAAGGCUGUUGAAGGAAUUCUAAGUGGGGGAACACAAUUUAGGUUUCCAAAUGGUGAUAAAAACUUAUGGGUCUGGGGUUUUCAUGCAUCGGAUUUCUUUUUGAGGAACGAAACUACAGGAACUAAUGUCUACACAUUAGAAUGCGGCGGUUCCCAUAGACCAUGGUCGUUUUCUAUCGAUCAAACGAAACAGGCUUUUGCGUAUUAUAAAUCCAAUCAAAUAUUUGUUUGUGAUUCUUACAGGAACUUGUUUGAAUGUAACAAGGUUUUAAGAAAAGGGGGUCAUGGUCGAGAAAUUAGAGCAAUGUGUUCUAACCCAAAGGGUAACUUAACUGUAUCUGGGGCAGAAGAUACCAAUAUAUUGUUGUCCAAAUUUGAAAAGGAAGAUCAAAUAGAUGUGCUAAACAGUGUGAAGGCACACAAUUCAGGCAUUCAAACACUCUGUUGGGCUAACAAUGAGCUCUUGUUUUCUAGUGGAGGUUUAGAAGAACUAAAUGCACUUAGAAUAGCACAUGGACCGAAUGGAGAAUCAUCUACAGCUCAUAUCAUGCAUGAGGCUACCUGCCCAAAAGCGCUUGCAAAAAGGAAAAUGGAUGGUGAUUUGCGAAUUACUGACGUUUCUACCAAAAAAAUAGAAUCUUUAGGAGAGAGCGUUUGGUUAGUUAUGACUAUUCUUUCAAAUUCGACCUCAAGGUUAUAUCUGUACAAUGAGAAUAAACGUGAUUUUCAGUUUCUAAAAUCUUGGGAGUAUAGACGUUGUUGUUUAGUUUCCGUUGAGCUUCUUGUCUACGAAACACGCAUAUUCUCAGUCGUGACGGCGACAGAUGGAACCAUCACGUUAUGGGAUUUGCAUCCACUAAAUGUCGAGGAAACGCCUCGAUGCCUAUGGUCUGCUAGCGUACAUCAAUCUUGUGUCAAAAGUUUAGAUGUUCAUUUAAACGACCAUACUGGAGAUCUUUCUCUUCUCACAGGAGGUGACGAUGGGGCCGUCUGUCACAGGAAAUUGAAAAUAAAUACGGACGCGAAGAAUGAGAUCGUAUACGUUGCAGUACUGGAAGAAUUUUCCCACCCUGAAGCCCAUGCCUCCAGUGUAACAGGUGUGAUUCAACUGCGAGAAGACUUAUUUUUAUCUACUUCCGUUGACCAACGAAUAUUGACUUGGAUAAAUCGGGAAGGAGUGUGGUCAAUCCAGUCAGAGCGUGAUACGUUUGUUGCAGAUGUAGGAGGCAUGUUUUUACAUAACUCAAGCUUAAUUGUCUUUGGAGUUGGAUACGAGGUUUUCAAAAUUGAAGGUUAG